GAAUAAGUCAAAAACGAGUGCUAGUAUAACCUCAACUGUAACAUUUUCAAAACAACAUUAGAGUUCAGCGAAUUCAUCAGGAGAAUCGAAAAUGGGAUACAAUAAAAUUAAGAACAAGAAGGAACAGGGACCAGCAAAAGUCAAGUUGUUUAGGAAGAGGCACAAGAUACCGGAGAAUAAAAUAAUCGAGGAACUUCGAGCUCGUUAUGAGAAUAUCGAUGAAUCGAAUAUUAAAAAUUUUGAGGACUUUCCUCUGUCAUCCAAGCUGCUAAAAGCCCUCAAAGAACACAAUUUCAUUGAGCCAACGGACAUUCAGAAGCAGAGUAUUGGAUUAGCUCUCAAGGGAAAUGAUAUUCUGGGAGCUGCCAAAACUGGAAGUGGAAAAACACUGGCGUUUCUCAUACCAGUGAUAGAAUUAUUAUACUGUCAACAGUGGAGCCGGGAGCUCGGCCUUGGUGCUCUGAUAAUUACACCAACUCGAGAGCUAGCCUACCAGAUCUUUGAGACCCUGAAGAAGGUCGGAAAAUAUCACAGGGUUACCGCUGGUCUCAUAAUAGGAGGGAAAGACUUGGACCAUGAAAAGAAUCUGAUGGAUCAGUACAACAUAAUCAUCUGCACUCCAGGGCGCAUUUUACAACAUAUGGACGGCAAUAAAUUGUUCCACACUCAUAACCUCCAACUCGUGGUCCUCGACGAGGCUGACAGGUGCUUGGACAUGGGUUUUGAACAAACGAUUAACGCAAUUAUUGAAAAUUUACCCGCUGAGAGGCAGACACUACUCUUCUCUGCCACUCAGACGAAAUCUGUGAAAGAUCUUGCCAGAUUGAGCCUCAGAGAGCCAAUCUAUGUUUCUGCACACGAGUAUGCGGAAUACUUGACACCUGAGGGUCUCCAACAGAGUUAUGUGAUUAUUAAUCUUGAGGAAAAGAUGGCUAUGCUCUGGUCCUUUAUCAAAAAUCACUUGAAGCACAAGAUUAUUGUUUUUUUUUCCAGUUGCAAACAAGUGAAAUACACAUACGAAGUUCUCUGCAGAAUGCGACCAGGAAUCAGCCUAAUGGCACUUUAUGGGGGUCUGCACCAGAUGAGGAGAACUGGAGUGUAUGAGGCCUUUUGCAACAAACAAAACGCAGUUCUCUUCGCAACAGACAUAGCCGCCCGGGGCCUUGACUUCCCUGGAGUCAAUUGGGUGGUGCAAAUGGAUUGUCCAGAAGACGUUAAUGCCUACGUUCAUCGAGUCGGACGAACUGCCAGAUUCCGAAAUGGAGGAGAAGCCAUCCUCGUUCUUCUUCCUAGUGAACUCAAUAUGCUUCACAAACUCCAGGAACAUAAGAUUCCUAUUAGCGAGAUCAAAAUAAAUCCUAAUAAAUUGCACUCACCUCAUAUCAAGCUAGGGGCGCUUUUAGUGAGAGAUCUGGCUCUCAAAGAAACUGCUCAGAGGGCUUUCGUUGCCUAUGUCAAAUCGGUGUAUUACAUGAGGGACAAGAAAAUUUUCAAUGUUCAUGUACUUAAUACUGAUGCUUAUGCAAAAUCUCUGGGGCUUGCCAUUCCCCCUAGAAUCAGAUUUCUUCAACGACUGCAAACAAAUCUCGAGAAGAAUUAUGAGGAGAAGCAGAAGAAGAAAAAAAAUUGUUUGGAUGAUUUUGAUGGGAAACUUAUGAUAAAUCGUGAUUAUAGCAGUAAUUAUAAUAAUGAUGAUGAUGAUUCGGGAAAUGAUAAGGAGGAGCAGAGGCUGAUCAGCAAGGGGAGUAGAGCGGAAAUGUUCGGAAUAGCGGACAGUGAUGAAGAAGAUAUUCUCACGAUUAAGAGAAUGAAUAUCGAGAUUGAGGGAGAAAUUGAAGAACAGGAGGUGGAAGAAAAGAGGUUGGUGCAAAACCAGAGAAAAUCAAAAAACAAGGCACUUACAAAAGCUGCUGUUGCUAAAAAGCUCAUGAAGAAAAAAAUUGUGCCUAAUACGAAGAAAACGUUUGAUCAUAAGGGAGAAGAAAAAAUCGAUCCAGCAAAAUCUAAAGUCUCCGAAUUGGCUCGUGAGUACGAGAACCAAGAAGCUUCAGGUAUAGAUAUUGAAUUCGCGAAAAAAGUAAUUCAUGAAGAGGAUAAAUUCGAUAGAGAACGCUUCCGGGAGAGAAUAAGAGAGAAACACAGAGAGGAAAAGCGGAAAUUGAAAGCUCACAGGAAAAAGGAGCAGAGUGAAAAUGAGGAUGAAGAUGAAGCAGUGGGAUCUCGAGAUGAAACAUACAAUACUGAUGACAGCGAUUCUGAUGGUGCCGAUUUGUCGUGGUUACCAGAUCCGGAUAAAAUCUAUGGAAUUAAAACGCCAUCUAAUGAAACAGAAUCUGACGAGGCAAUGAAAAAAAUUUACAAGCCAUCGAAACGAAAAUUAGUGAUAAUGAAGAAGACUAAGGAGAAAAAUAAAAAACCGAAGAUCGAGGUGACAGAGAAGGGUGACCUUUUAGCUACUGAGGAAUUGGCUCUGGAGUUGUUGCGGAAUUAAAAUGAGAUCCUUUGUUGAAAGAUAUUUAUAAAUGAAAUUUGAAAAAAAAAAAAAAACACAAAUAUGAAUCAGCAUGUGAAUAUAUACUUGACCAAAAAAUAAAGGGGAAAAAAAAA